AUGCUCGACAUUACAGCCAUCCCUGCGUGUGCCACUGUAUGCUCAUUCCCGCUCGUAUGCGUUGAUGCAAUAUCUUUUUGUCGUGACUCUUCACAACCCUCACUGUUGCUGGUUGGACACGACAAGGCAUGUUCGGCGUCGGUUUCUGGUGGGGCCGUCACUGUCCAUAGAUUUUUUCCGCAGCAUCACCGACUGCUAACAGAUGGUGCGGGUUACGUACCCCACUCUGGGAACCGUGCGGUGCUUGCGCUCGCUGAUGCAGCUUCAACUGUGACGCUGCACAGUGUUCCACUGUAUGCUACCGACAAUACCAAAGGUAGUAGUGGGGACUGCAGUACCAUAUUUGUUGGUGAACCGUGGGAGAGGGGGGUUUAUGUGAGCAAGGUUGUGCCUUUGUGUGGCAACGGUGGUGGUGGGGCGGAUGCUGUUUGCGUUCGUAAGGGGGAGACGGGUGUGAUGUGGGGAACUUCCUUCGAAUAUGCGACGGCGUGGAAGAUGAGUCUGCGCCCCAACGUCGACAAGCUGGAUUUGCAUCGACAGCAAUAUCCUCAUUUCUGUGCCGGGGGGUUUGUCGCGUCCUCGCGUGACACUUUAUUCACCUUUGAUUCACACGGCGAGGCCCAACUUCAAAUGAAGAUCCCGGAGGGAGUUGGACCUCUCGAGGCAGUGCAGGGAGGUGGAAGCGGGUCCCCGUUGUAUGCUGUGGCGACGGGUUGCGGUACCGUUUUCCUGCACGACGCGCGUUACACCGGUGGGCCAUUGUGGAUUCAGCGCAUCAGUGGUUGUGCUGACGCAAGGGAUUUUAGUGAGAACCUAGGUGUUCAUACGGUGAUGAUGACGAGUAAUGGUAGAGAUGUGUGGGCCAUGCUUCUGGGGAGGAAGUUUAUAUUUUUGCGGUGCGUUAACGGUACCGUUACCUGCAGGUCAUUUCCGUCGCCUCCUCGUUUUCUAUUUCCUCAGUUCAGCCCGGCUGGUCUUUUGUUUGAAAGUAACACACUUCAUGUUGUUGGCAAUGCCCUGGGGAAGAGCGGUUAA